CGAUGCGCCGGUAGUGUGUCUCAGUGCGUCUGCUCCUGCCGGACAAGAUGGCGGAUGACAAGGGUUCACCAAAGUUAAAGGACCUUGCAUUUCUCAAGGAUCAGCUGGAAGGUCUACAACGUAGACUGGAAAGCGAGGUGCAAGCUGGCGUCACUCAGAACGGCUCGUUCUUAACUUCUCCAUUCUUGAAAGGAUUCCUGGCUGGAUAUGUCGUUGCCAAACUUAGGGCUUCUGCAGUCCUUGGCUUUGUUGUUGGAACUUGCACCGGCAUCUAUGCAGCUCAGUCCUAUUCAGUGCCUAAUGUCGAGAAGACCAUAAAGGACUACCUUGGCUCUUUGAAGAAGGGGCCAGAUUAAACAAGAAAUGCUCACACUCCAUUAACUACUCCUACCAAUGCUUUAAGUGCUUUAUACUGACUGGAUAUAACAUUUAGGUACCUCUCAUAUUGCGCAAUCCGCUGCUGUCUGCAAAUAUUUCAACUGGAUCCAGUGAAGGGAAAUUUGGCACAAUAUCUUCAGCAGGCCUGAUAACCUAUUUUUUUAAGUGCUUUCUCUGGUUGUGCACCACCUGAUGCAUUAUAGUUUGUAUUUUGGAGAAAAUGCAAUGGUGUGAGGAGCAAAUUUAAAAAAAAAAAAAAAAAAAAAAUGAUGGCAUCCCGUAUUUAUUGGCAUGAAUUGCUUUUGCAGGACAAUCAAUGAACUCACUUGGUUUUAAUGCUUUCAGCAUGAAUUGUCUUGCAUUUGGUCAUGAAGUUUAAAUACGGCUUACUAACUAGAAUCAUGCCUGUGGACCAGCUUUUAAGUACUAGUCACUUGUGGAAAUGUAUACUUAGCUAUUGUAGGGUUACUAUAAAUUAACAUGUCAAUUAUAACCUGUAAUAAUUUUCUCUUUCCAGUUACAUCUACUCAUCCGUAUAUUAUUAAAUGACAGGUACUUAACACCGUGA